CAGGAGCCCUGUUCUCGUUUUCCAGUGCAAUUGUCGCCACGUGAUUUGCUUAGACUGUUUCCACUUAUACUGUGUGACAAGACUCAAUGAUCGACAGUUUGUCCAUGACCCUCAGCUUGGCUACUCCCUGCCUUGUGUGGUACAACCGCUACCAGCAGUAUGGGGCUGAGGAGUGCGUGCUGCAGAUGGGAGGUGUGCUGUGCCCCCACCCUGGCUGUGGAGCAGGGCUGGUACCCGAGGAAGGCCAGCGGAAGGUCACCUGCGAAGGUGGCAAUGGCCUGGGCUGUGGGUUUGUUUUCUGCCGGGAGUGUAAGGAGGCGUACCAUGAAGGGGAAUGCAGCGCCCUCCUCGAAGCCUCAGGAACAGCUGCUCAGGCCUAUGGGGUUGAUGAGAGGGCGGCGGAGCAAGCUCGCUGGGAAGAGGCCUCCAAGGACAUCAUCAAGAAGACUACCAAGCCUUGUCCACGCUGCCACGUGCCUGUUGAAAAAAAUGGAGGAUGCAUGCACAUGAAGUGUCCGCAGCCCCAGUGCAGGCUCGAGUGGUGCUGGAACUGUGGCUGUGAGUGGAACCGCGCCUGCAUGGGGGACCACUGGUUCGACGUGUAGCUGGGACGCUCUACUGCACCAGUCUGGGGGAAACAGACACCAUGUCCUCCAUUUAUUUGCGAUUUCUUUACACACACACACAUAUAUGCACAUGCACACACAUAUGCACACACACUAACCAGGCACCAUGUCUUCCCUUCAUUUGUGACUUCCUUACACACACACGUGCAUGCACGCAUGCACACACAUACACACACACACACACUUCAAUUCUUCCUAAAAUCACAAAAGCAACAUGACCCAAGCAGCCCCUGGAUCUCUCUUACUGUUUCUGUGAAAAACAGCAGAACCCACGGUGACACCAGCAAGAAGUGUUUUCAGGCUCCGGUCACACAAAUCUGAAGACACAGAUGAAAGUACAUUUGUGCAUCUCUUGUGGGUCACUCUUGCAGGAAUCCAAGUCUGGCCACUCAGUACCAGGAGAGAUCUCUCAGGUUAAAUCUCCUGCACUAUGCCUUCCGUAAAUACUUGAAGAAGUUAUUGCAAGGUGAGGAAUCAUUUGGGGACCUGUUGUCCAUGGUUCCCUGUGAUACUGAUGGCCAUGUGUUCCCGAAACUAUAUUCACAGCUUUGAGAGUAAUGUUCUGAUUUAAAUUUUCAGAGAGCAUUUUAUUCCCAAAGAACCCCAGGCGAUAGUCAAAAAUAUUUAUUUAUCCCUAAGAAUUCUAUUUUUGUAAACUGCAUUGAUGAAAUAUCAACUGUGCAUAAGUCAGCUUGUCAACUAAGUAAGAAAUGAUGAAAGGGAAUUUGAAUAUUGAAUGUUUGAUUUACAAGGAAGAAAUCAAAACUUCAUGUAUGUUCAUUCCCUUUAAUUAUUGGCAACUUUAGAAAGCAAUUGUUUCUCUGAAAAUAUUCCAAAGUCUAUAAUUUGAUUUUGAGUACAUAGUCAUUUUGCAGCUUGGAGAUUCAGCUAACACUGGACUUCAUUAUAAAUGUAAUGAAUAAAAGGCCUAAAAGGAGACAGGUUUAGGAAUGAUUUCAUAAUGAUAUUCAAUCUUAACAAAAGUGAACACUAUUCAAUUAGAAUCUCUAAAGGGAGCGCUUCCAGGACUAUCAAAAUGAAAGCAUGUCUGACUCUCUCAGUAAGAAGGGUUUAUGCACCUUCUGUAUACCACCUCUGUCCCCUGAUCAACAAGUCCCAGAGAGCUCUGCACACCCAUGAGGGUUCUGAGGACAACAAACUCACAGGAACUCCCGUUAACUCCUACUAACAUGGAUCGAAUCUGAGUGUUGAUCAGACUUUCAGCUUUUUUUGAGGCAUUCACAACACAUCAGAAAGAUUGACACUCGAUGCUACAAACUGCAUUCCCUUCUGCACAGUAGACAGAUGAGAAAAAGCAACCAAUAUGCUUUGUUCUUAUUGAAUUUCUGACUUCUCAGAAGAUCGUGAGCAUAGCUGGGGAGCCAAGAGUCUCACUAGCACAUGGAGUCCCUUUUGGGUUUUGAGACUGAAAAUUAUGAAAUUAAUAACAGGGCUUCCCUUUGUAGACAUAGAACCAGAAGUCCUUGCUGGUGGGAAGAGAGGGCAUGAGCGCAGAAAUGUUCCAGCUCAUAUCCCAAGGAUUCCUGUUCAUCUUUCCCUAACUGCCUCAGAUAAUCCAUUUCUUCCCACCAUCCAGUGACAGUCCUGUCUCCUCAAAGGCACUGUGUAGUGGCGAGACAGAGUCUAUAACAGCCUCAUUUGGCUUCACCCCAUCAGGAAACCCCCGUACUCUGACAUGGCCUCACAGCUGCCACACCUGUGUCAUGAAGCCCCAAGAGCAUGUAGAAACCAUGGAGAGAGCAAUGUCUGUCAUGUGCAAAAAAGUUCACCAGGCACAAGCCGACACAUCCCAACGACUUGUACCCACAUUGAGUCCAGACCCCAGGACCUGAAUUGUGUCACUGACAAUCCCACAAAGCUGCAGCUCCUUAUGCGGGCUUGAUGUGACAACCAGGUGUCUCCUUUUGGUUAUGUAUCACACAGCAUUUUGUAUCUUCCAUGACUUUUUUCUAAUGUUAUCGCCUCCUUCCAGAUCUGUGUGGUAUUUGAGUCUUGUGAUGCCUGAUACUCAGGCACACUCAGGCCCCCUAAAGCUGGUUUGCCACCCAGCACAGUCUCUCAUUCUUUCAUGGUGGUGGUGACUUAUUUUUCUUUCAGAAUAGGGCAGUGAUUCUCAAAAUAAGUUAGAGAAAAAACAGCCGCUGUGCAUGAACAUGAAUCACAAACAAUAUUAUUUGAGCAUGAAGGAUGUAACAAAAAUAUGAAUAUGUCAGAAGAAUAGAAAUAAAAUCUUUGUAGAAGAAUUUUUAUUUUUCUUUGAAGUGUGUUAAGAAAUGUCUGACAACUAUGUCUGAGGUUGUGCUCAAAUUGUCAAUAAAAGCAUCAAAAGAGA